GUUAAUACAAGUGUAAUGUGAUGCUAGAUACAUGUAAGAUGUUUUAGAUGAGCAAACAGUUUAUUUAAACUUCAAGACAAAUAGGAUGGAACAGUAUACAAUAUUAGGAAGAGUUGGGGAAGGAGCUCAUGGCAUUGUGCUGAAAGCAAAACAUAUUGAGAGUGGUGAAGUUGUUGCUCUUAAAAAAAUACCUCUGAGGAAAUUAGAAGAUGGUAUUCCAAAUACUGCACUCAGGGAAAUCAAAGCAUUGCAAGAGAUUGAAGAUAAUCCAUAUGUAGUUAAACUAAGAGAGGUGUUUCCACAUGGAAGUUCAUUAGUGCUGGAGUUUGAGUACAUGUUCUCAGAUUUGUCAGAAGUUAUACGUAAUUCUGACAAACCAUUGUCAGAAGCCCAGGUGAAGUCCUACAUGCUAAUGGUACUGAAGGGAGUUGCAUAUUGUCAUGAAAACAACAUCAUGCAUAGAGAUUUGAAGCCUGCUAACUUGCUGAUAAGUUCUACAGGUCACUUGAAGAUUGCAGAUUUUGGCUUGGCUAGAGUUUUUCAGAAUAAAGGAAACAGAUUAUACAGUCAUCAAGUUGCUACCAGAUGGUACAGAGCACCAGAGUUGUUGUAUGGGGCCAGAAAAUAUGAUGAAGGAGUUGACUUAUGGGCUGUUGGUUGUAUUUUUGGAGAGCUUCUAAAUAACUCACCACUUUUUCCUGGAGAAAAUGACAUUAAACAAUUAUGUUGUGUUCAGGGAGUACUUGGUACACCAAAUGAAAAGAUCUGGCCUGGCAUGCACGAGUUACCAGAUUACAACAAAAUCACAUUCCCGGAAACUGACCCCGUGCCAUUUGAAGAGGUUGUACCAGAUGCUUCAAAAGAAGCCCUGGAUUUGUUGAAGAAAUUUCUAGUUUAUCAAUCAAAACAUAGAAUCUCUGCUAAGGAGGCUUUAGUUCAUCCAUACUUCUUCACGGAGCCUCUACCAGCACAUCAUUCUGAGCUACCAAUUCCUCAACGCAGUCAACGUGGUCUCCAGCGGCGACAGAAUGCACACCAGUACAACAUUGACAACCCACUAGAAAAAUCUCUCAUUGACCCAGAACUUCUUGCACCUCAUGUUGUGAAAAUAAAAUGAGGUUUAUAGUUGAACAGGAUUUACAUAUACACAAGAAAACAUUGAAGCAGACAACAAGUUUUAGCAGUUUGUGAGAAAAUGAAACAAUAUAAGUAAAAUAGUUUACGGAAAUUUGUCCAUUGAAUGGAAAUAAUGAAUUAAUUGUAAUUGGAUUGCGGGUACUUCAAAUAUUGUUGGAGGAAUCUGUUUUAGAGCUGAACUUAUGUGAUAAAAUUUACUUCUGUGCAGCUGAAAGAAAUAUAUUUUAAUAUCAGGCUGUUGGUUUUUGUUUCUAAAAACACUGUGUUGAUUUCAAUGUAACAUCCAAUUCGGUAAGAAGUGUCAGUAGCUUAUCUUUGUUAUUCAGGCCUAUUUAUAUAUUGUUGAUCAUUCAUUUUGUGACAAACAGUUAUAGAUAUUCUUUGAAGCAUGUAAAAACUAUUUUAGUAAACAGUCCAGUGUUUAAUUGAAAUAUUUUUUACAGAGUAGCAAGGGUAAUAAUAUCAAGUUUUUGUUUGAGAGACAUAAUCAUGUACAAUAUUUUAAAUCUCAUGUUUUAGAAGGAUAUAAGAUUGUUAAUGGGUGUCAAUAGUCUGUGUCUUAUUUGCUAUAGCAAACAUUUUAUAAUGAUAAUAUUAAAACUUUUAAUUGCUCUUUACUAAUACAUUUGGCAGCAAACUUUAGAGAAGGAAGUCCAAAUAAACUAUUGUUUGCAUUGCUUUUAAAAUGCUGCAAGAUACCAUAUAUUGCAAAGUAUGUUUUUCUUUUCCUUCUUAUUUGGAAAUGGUUUUUAGAUGUGUUCUAUUCUUUAGCUUGCUUGUGUCAACAGAUUCUACCCAUGAAACCAGUGCAGACCAAGAUCAGCUUACACAGCUAGCAUUGUCAUCUGAUCAUGGUCUGCACUGUUUGUUAUUCAGUCAGUACAUGUUUUGAAAUUCUCCCUUAAAAUGAUGAAUGGUUUUGUCCAUAUUGUAAGAUGGACAAGUCCAUUUAAAAUAUUUAGCAUGGUAAGGGUUAAAAUGGUUAGGG